GACGGUCUUGACAAAAAAAGUAGAAAUCGGGAGUGAUUUGGCAGCAAAGACGGAGGCAGGGUUCAUGCAGGGUCGCGUCCCCGGUACUUUCGAGGAGACAGUUUUUAGCUGGAUUCCAUUAGUUUUUGACCCAUUUUUCACUGAGACUCAGUAUUUCUCCUACUGUUUGAGGCUUGUGGAGAGCGCUGUAACCAACAUUUAGACCUUCAUGUUGGGAAAUACAGCAGUAACACUUAUAUUUUCAAAAACCUGAGCCAAACCACGCACUCCAAAUAAGAAAAAAAAUGAUCACAGUUGAGGAAGGAAAUAUUAUAAAGCCUUUAUUUUAGUGACAGAAUCAUUUAAAGGACAUUAAUUCAGAACUCUAACAUGUUUUGACCUUGGGCCGUACUCAGUCUGAGGUCCUUUUCCUCUGAUGUCACUCUCUGUCAUACAGCUGUGUUCCAGGUGUGUCCCUUAAACGCAACCGAUCUGACAAAUUGCUGUCAUUGUACUGCUGCUGCAUUUAUCUGCAACUUGUAAAGAUGAUGGAUGCUGAAAAUCUGCAGGGACAUUGGGCCAAAUGCAAAAGUAAAACAAAAGAUUUGGUAUCCAGUUUGCCAACUUCCUGACUAAGACUACUGAUUGAUAGUGUUACAGGACUUGACUGUAAAAGGUGUAAAUGAUAAAAUAUCGACGCACAUCUGGGACACAUUCAUUUAAGCCUGGAAGUGUAACACACUGGAAGUAAUCAAACACUUAUAUGAGCUCGAAAGUGGUUAGAUGCUAACGUUAGCUAAUGUUGAUCAAAUGUGUUGUUUUACCUUGAAAUAUGACCUGAUGCCCCUCCAGAUCGUCCCAAUCAAUCAUCUCUUCAGUUAUUGAUCAAUAGGGAAGCGUUGGAAUGAUUGCACUGUAUUGUACUUUAACACAAUGCGUCUAUGAAUCCAGAAGGCUUCCCUGUGUCCCCUCCCCUGACCAAAGGCUCUGUUGUUUCCCCAGUAAUUAAGAAAAUGAUCAAAAUCAUGAUUAUUGCCAAGUAGCUCUUUACAUGCUUGGUAUUUUGGUUAAUAAAAAUAAACACUGUAAGCUGAAAAUAUAUAGAGGAAGUUUCAGUGCAAAAAGCAUGAAUAGAAAAUAGAGACUCGAUGAUAAAAUAAGAAAAAAUGUAAUCUGGUCGCUGAUUGUGAGAGUUUAGUUUAAGGCUCUUUUUCUGAGCUUUUCCCUUGAAAGAAUCGCUCUGUCUGAAAACAGCAAAAGAAAUAAAAAAGAAGAAGAAAAGAAUAAAAACCCUUAAAAUGGAAAAUCCAAAUAAUUAAAGACUUUUUCUUUAGGGGGUUGUGAGAGGUGUUUGGAGGCCACGGACUCAUAACUUCAGUAAUUGUGGCCACCUCCUCGGUCUAAUGAGAUGGUUAAUAUGCAGCAAAUUCCUCCCAGAUCUCCUGCAAUCAGGUCAUUAUUGAGCAAAUGAGCCGUGUGGGUCAUUACAGGGCAGUGAGGAGCUGCAGUGCAAUGUGAUGUCCAUAUUUUGCUUCUGUAGCCCUCACCGACCACUCUCGGUUCUAAAGAAGUAAGUCAGUAAGUAAAGUUUUCUGCUGGUGUUGUAGCAGCAGAUGUCUGUCCUCACCGCUUCCCUGCCUGCACUUGCCUCCGCAGGCAUUUGGAGAGCCUGAGGGGGAGAGAAGGAGGGGAGUCCCUCAGAAAUGUUGUACAGUCACUUUUUGUGAAGGGAUUACAGUGCUCCCUCUCGUUCCCAUUGGCUUGGCCCGCAGUGACAGUGUUGUGGUGAUGAGUGGCUGACAUGCCCAGCAUCAUCCUUAACAAGCUUCCAACUUGGUCCUCUGUGACUCCCAUUCAUGCGCCCGGGCUUUGCGCUUUAUGCACUUUUUGCCGCUCCACUUUGUGCAAAUGCUUCAGCCAAUUCGCAGUUGCGCUUCCCAGUGUCUCCUCGCCAAAGAGGCAGAGAAAAUACUUCUCUGCUGAAUCCCUCUGUGGCGCCUCUCCACCACUUUUUUUUUUUUUUUUUUUUUUUUUUACGCACGGAGAGGAGCUAUGCGCUUCUUGGAGACUUGAUUUAAAGUGGGACCGGCGCGUGUUUUAAUUGAUGAAUGUGUCACUUCAUCAAUUUUCUGACAUGGCAAAACCUUUAGAUCACAUCAAGAGACCCAUGAACGCGUUCAUGGUGUGGUCCAGGGGCCAGAGGAGGAAAAUGGCCCAGGAGAACCCAAAGAUGCACAACUCAGAGAUCAGCAAGAGGCUCGGCGCGGAGUGGAAGCUGCUCUCCGACUCCGAGAAACGUCCGUACAUCGACGAGGCCAAGCGGCUGCGGGCUCAGCACAUGAAGGAGCACCCGGACUACAAGUACAGACCCAGGCGCAAACCCAAGAGUCUCCUGAAGAGGGACCGCUUCGUUUUCCCGCUGCCGUCUUUACUCGGGGACGCCGCGGAGCACCUGAAGGGAUUUUCCAUGGACUCCUUUCUCGUCCCCGGGGAUAAAGCCAGAGCUCUCCUCGCCCCCGCCUCCUCCUCCGCCUCGUCCUUCCCGCUGCUGGAGCCGGUGGCGCAGUUCAGCACCGGAGCUGUCCAGCGGAUGGCGGAGCUGCCGCACACUCUGGCCGCCGGCGCGCUGCCCUUCAGCGCGCACGCGUUUGGAUACCAGACUGCAGGGAUCGGGGGUCUGGCGUGCCCCGGACAGCACACCCACACCCACCCGUCCCCCUCCAGCCCCGGGUACGUGGUGCCCUGUAACUGUAGCGCAUGGUCCGCGGCCAGUUUACAGCCUCAGGUGGCCUAUAUUCUCUUCCCUGGAGGGAUGGCCAAGAGCGGCAUGGACUCGUACACCUCACCCAGCUCCAGCGUGUGACAGGCCGGAUGCACUUCGGAGA